GGGCCGACAAAACACUCUCGGGAGGGAUCCAUUUCUCUUCGGCGACAAACAAGUAUUCCACACUCCACAGUCUGUCUGUCAAACGCCGUCCACCGUGUUCAGCCCUGCGUGGUUGUUCUCGGUCCGAUGGAUAAUGGAUUUGCUGAAGAACUUUACUCGGAGAGUCUGCAACUUUCAAAAUUGGAACUAACACCUAGUGCUAAUGAUCAACAAAAUAAUUCAAAUGAUUGUGAUGGCCAUGAUUUGAGCCUUGAAGACGGGUCUCUGUGGGAUGGUUCUGAUGAUGAGUUAGAUAAAUCAUCAGAUUUGGACAGGGAAUGGCGGAGGCGGCAUGACCAAUUCCAUACACUUGGAUAUCGCGAUGGUCUCAUGGCUGGGAAGGAAGCUUGUUCACAGGAGGGGUUUAAUAUCGGUUUUAAAGAAUCAGUACUUGCUGGUUAUAGAUGGGGACUUGUGAGAGGUGUUACGAGUGCUUUUGCUUACCUUCCAGAAGAAGUGAAAGAGAAAUUAGUUGAGGCGCAUGAUAAGAGAAAGAAAUUACAAGGGUUGUAUGAAUCUGUUCAUUUGUUGUCAACAAAUGAUGCUCUUAAAUCAUUUUAUGAAGAUAUCCAGGUCAAAGAAACUUCAGAACCAAGUGAGCAUGUAGAAGUUAUUCAGAAUAAUGCUGAUUUGCAGGAGCAAACAUCAGAUUGCUCUCAUCUUGACAACUAUCUUAGACAACUAGGAUCUUUGAUUCCUGAAAAUUCUGCAAUUGAGAUGCGUUUACCUGAACCCAAAUAGAUGGCUGUCUACCUUUCUAGAUGAACGGUUUAGACUAGAAUGUUAUUGAGUUCUUAUAAGAAAUUUUUUUCACACGUAUCACUGUCAGAUGUUAGGCUGACAGCUCUUGAAUUUAGUCCCCUAUAUGUAGCAUGUACCAUAUAGUUAUAUAAAAAGGAAAAAAUUAUUCUCA